AUGCGUAAUCUGAAAUGGAAAUUAUUUCCUGUCGGUAAAAUAUCAACCUUCAGUAAUAUGAGAAUUAAACAACGCUACACAAUAAAUCCAUCAUUGACUUUAAACAAUUUGACAGCUUCUUGUUCAAGGGCAUCAAUGAAAUUUAAAAAUUACAUGGUCAGUAAUUUUAAGAAAACAUCGCUUAAACAGAUAAUACAAUCAAUGAAGAAUAUCUCAAUACAAAGCAAACACUUUAAACCUAACCAAUAUUCAAUUAAGCGGUACUUUAAACAUGAAUCUGACUUAUGCGAUUACAAAGCAUCUACUACGUAUACAACACUAGAUAACACGUCGAUAGAGGAACCAUUUAAUAAAGAUAUAAGAAAAACAACGAGAUUAUGGAUAAGCUUGCAAGAUUCUAUUAGUUUACCGUACACCACCGUGUCUGGUAUGAUUCAAAAUCGAUAUAAGAAACUGAGAGACAGCUCAGCUUCAAUCUGUUCGGAAAAUGGCGCUAUAAUUAAUAUGGAAAAAUUAAAAGCAGUGUUCGGAAGAGUUGAAAAUUUUCCUCUUGGAAUAAGGCUAAUGAUGCGAAAUGUCAAACAUCUAAGAAGAAUGAAUUCCAUGUCUGACAACCUGAUGGACCAAAAGUCUAAUGAGAUUUAUAAUGAAAGUGUAAAUGAAAAAGAAAACAAAGACGAAUGUGUCAAUGACUUAAACAAUGGUAAUGAAGAUAAUUUUCCUGAUGAGUCAGGCUGA